AUGACGCACUUGGAGACUAACUUCAUUCUAGCCUAUCGCCCAUUUGCCGUCUCUUUUGCCCAGUUACGAUGGUGGAGACUUCUAUUUGAAUUUAUUGACACCCGACGAGCAAGACAUUUGAAAUCUAUCUGUCUAUCUAUCUAUCUAUCUAUCUAUGUAUCUAUCUAUGUAUCUAUGAUAUAUCUAUGUAUGUAUCUAUGUAUCUAUCUACCUAUGUAUCUAUGUAUCUAUCUAUCUAUGUAUCUAUCUAUCUAUGUAUCUAUGUAUCUAUCUAUGUAUCUAUGUAUUUAUGAUCUAUCUAUGUAUGUAUCUAUGUAUGUAUCUAUCUUUCUCUGUACCUAUCUAUGUAUCUCUCUCUGUAUCUAUCGCUUUUGCGUCCCUCGGCGCCCCACCGUCUCGUGCACGCGAGGUACAGGGUUCGCAGGAGUCUGGAAACCGACGCAGCCGCGUCGAUUCCCGUGCCGACGCACGACGUCGUCUCGUCGCGUAGUCUUCUCCGCGUCCGGAAAAAAAAAGAAAAGCGGGCGCGAGGGAGGGCACUGCCAGCGCGGUAAAUCGGCCUCUUUACUGCCACCCGUCACCUCAGGUUCACGACGCGCAUCAUCAACCCAACCGAUCCGUCUUGAAACAGGGACCGAGGUGUCCUGGCCGUUCGCGAGUCAGCGAAAGCGAGAGAGCCCGUGUGAGGGCACCGGGCCGGAAGUGGUUCCGGCGGGGAGUUCUCACUUCCUUCCGCCGCCUGGCCGCGCCCGAUUCCGCCAGCGAUCGCCGUCUUCAGCAUAUGUAGCAAGGUUGGGGAGCGGUUGCCAUCGGCAAGCUGUCACUCUGGCCAGUCUGUCACUGAUAUAUAGCAUUAUAAUUGUUAAAUUGUUAUUAAUUUCUUUGUGCUAUUAA